UCAUACUAUACUUUGUUGUGGUCAUGCUAUUUAUAGCUAAAGUCGAUGGUGCUGAACAAAACAUUCCUAAUUCAUCGUUCAUCGAUGCUGAGUAUCAGCGGAUAGCAGCCAGGCUGGAUGAUCUUCAGAAAACGCUGACGGAGAUAAAAUUAGCAAUGAACGAAGAUCGAGCCGCUACUGAGAGAAAGCUACCUGAUGAGUUAAAUCUACUACAGCAUGCAAUAUUCGACAAGCUCACCACCCUGCAGCAUCAGUCCAAUAAAAUGGUCUUUGAGCAAAUAGCCAACACUACUGCCGAACAGAUUAGGAAGGAAAUUCAAAAGCUGGCAUCAAAGGAAGAUCUCGCCUUGUUUAAGGUGGAUCCAGGAUUAUACUUUCGCAGUAUUUCUACUCGAUCGUGCAAGGAAGAGCCAUCGAAUCGCACAGGAGAGUUUUUGAUACAACCUACUCAAAACGAUGAACCUUUCCUGGGAUAUUGCGAACAGACUGCUUUCGGAGGAGGUUGGUUAGUGUUCCAGUACCGUUACGAUGGAUCGGUCGACUUUUACCGCAACUGGACCGAGUAUCGAAACGGGUUCGGCAGCAUGGAUGGAGAAUUUUGGCUCGGACUGGAGCAGUUACACCGUUUGACGGCGGCUCGAAAGCAUGAACUGCUGGUGGAGCUGAAAGACUUCGAUGGAAACUACAUUUACGCACGGUAUGAUGAGUUCGCAAUUGGCAGUGAGAAGGAGCAAUAUCCGUUAGCAAAGCUGGGAUCAUACACGGGAACGGCAAGAGACUCAUUGCAUACCCACAAGGGCAUGAAGUUCUCGACCAAGGAUCGGGACAACGACUUGGAACACUGUAGGUGGAGAAAAUAUGGUUUGGUACUACUACAAUUCAUCUAAGGCAGGUUUGUCAUACUCAAGAAUGUUGAUUCGCGAAACGUAACGGUGGAUGAAGUUUAAUUUCUAUCUAAUAAAAAGAAGUUUUGGAACAUUCCGAAGCCAAAGUGAGACAAACAGUUGGCUGCAAUCAAAUCAUUUUGUAAUUUAUUGUAAUAAAAACUUUGUUGUAUUGUGUAUGUGUUUUUAA